AUGUUCGUUUCCAAUCCCGUCAAACUUGCUGCCAGAAGACCAGUGGCUUCCACCAAAUCACUUCUGCUCUUGCUCGGAACGACUCUCUCUACCGCACUUGUGUUCCGCUCGGUGCCUUCCAUCUCCAACGACGUGGCCCAGCUUCCAUCCCACGAUUUGCACUCCAAUGUGUCUGUUUCCCAAAAAGUGCCUGUCAAGUCCAGAUUUGGCGGCCAGCUCAACUACGAGGAAUUGACCAUCGGGUCCAUCACCGGACUCUUCUUGGGAGUCAUUGCUGGCAAGCUCUCCUCAGUAUUUGCCCUUUUGGCGCUCUCCUCAUACUUCUUGGUGCAAUUCCUCGAGUCCAGAAACAUCAUCCAUGUUCCAUGGAACUCAAUUGUGCAAUUGGGCAAAGAGAGAAUCAAUUUGAAGCAAUUGGUGUUUGAGAAGCCCAGUUUCAAGUUUUCGUUUGCGCUUGCAUUCUUGAUAGCUGCCUUUAACAUAUAG